AUGAAUGCCAUUAAGAUCAACGUUGAUCCUGAGUCCAACACUAUUUCCGUGUGGAACAAUGGUAAAGGAAUACCCGUGGUGGAGCACAAAGAUGAGAAAAUGUAUGUCCCGGCUCUCAUUUUUGGUCACUUGCUCACCUCCAGCAACUAUGACGAUGAAGAGAAAAAGGUCACGGGUGGGAGGAAUGGCUACGGUGCCAAGCUUUGCAAUAUUUUCAGUACCAAAUUCACUGUGGAAACUGCCUGCAAGGAGUACAGACACAGUUUCAAACAGACGUGGCAGUACAACAUGAGCAAGACUUCGGAGCCCAAGAUCAAGUUCUUUGACGGAGAUGAUUUUACCUGUGUGACUUUCCAACCGGACCUGUCCAAGUUUAAGAUGGAAAAAUUGGACAGGGAUACGGUGGCUCUUCUUACGCGGAGAGCGUACGACGUGGCCGGCUCCUGCAAAGGCGUCAAAGUCACGCUGAACGGGAAAAAGUUACCGGUGAACGGCUUCCGCAGCUACGUGGAUCUGUAUGUGAAAGACAAACUGGACGAGACAGGCGUGGUCCUCAAGGUGCUCCACGAGACGGUAAAUGAGCGGUGGGAGGUAUGCCUCACAAUGAGCGAGAAAGGAUUUCAACAAAUCAGCUUUGUCAACAGCAUCGCAACCACCAAGGGCGGAAGGCACGUUGACUAUGUGGUGGAUCAAAUUGUGUCCAAACUUAUUGAAGUGGUGAAGAAAAAGAACAAGGCGGGAGUGUCCGUCAAACCUUUCCAGGUGAAGAACCACGUUUGGGUUUUUGUCAACGCGCUGAUCGAAAAUCCCAGCUUUGAUUCCCAGACGAAAGAAAACAUGACCCUCCAGACAAAAAGUUUUGGUUCCAAAUGCCUUCUGUCUGAAAAGUUCAUCAAGGCUGCGACCAAUUGCGGGAUCGUUGAGAGUAUACUCAACUGGGUGAAGUUUAAAGCGCAGACGCAGCUCAAUAAAAAGUGUUCCACCGUGAAGCACAGCAAGAUUAAAGGCAUUCCCAAGCUAGACGACGCCAACGACGCCGGCGGCAAACACUCUUCGGAAUGCACUCUCAUCCUCACCGAGGGAGAUUCGGCCAAAUCUCUGGCCGUGUCCGGGCUCGGAGUCAUCGGGCGCGAUCGCUACGGCGUGUUUCCGCUGAGAGGAAAGAUCCUAAAUGUUCGAGAAGCCACCCACAAGCAGAUUAUGGAAAACGCUGAAAUCAAUAACAUCAUCAAAAUCGUCGGACUCCAAUACAAGAAGAGUUAUGACGACGCGGAGUCCCUGAGGAGUCUGCGCUAUGGCAAGAUCAUGAUCAUGACAGAUCAGGAUCAAGAUGGGUCCCACAUAAAAGGUCUGCUCAUCAACUUCUUUCAUCACAAUUGGCCAUCCUUGUUGAAACACACAUUCCUAGAGGAAUUCAUCACGCCCAUCGUCAAAGUGACCAAGAACAAGCAAGAGCUGGCCUUUUACAGCAUUCCGGAGUUUGACGAGUGGAAGAAACGGACAGAAAACUAUAAAAGCUGGCAUGUAAAGUACUACAAAGGUUUGGGCACAAGUACAAGUAAAGAGGCGAAAGAAUAUUUUGCCGAAAUGGAGAAGCAUCGCAUUACAUUCCGAUACAACGGUGCCGAGGACGACGCCGCCAUCACUCUGGCCUUCAGUAAGAAGAAAACGGACGACAGGAAGGAAUGGCUGACCAACUUCAUGGAGGACAGACGGCAAAGACGAAUUCACGGUCUCCCGGAGCAAUACCUGUAUGGAACACAAGCCAGACAUCUGUCCUACAAUGACUUUAUCAACAAGGAACUGAUUCUCUUCUCCAACUCUGACAACGAGAGAUCCAUUCCAUCGUUGGUCGACGGCUUGAAGCCCGGCCAGCGAAAAGUGCUUUUCACUUGCUUAAAGAGGAACGAUAAGAGGGAGGUGAAAGUGGCACAGCUGGCCGGUUCGGUAGCAGAGAUGUCGGCUUACCAUCACGGGGAGCAAGCGCUCAUGAUGACCAUCGUCAACUUGGCUCAAAACUUUGUGGGCAGUAACAACGUGAACAUCCUGCAGCCGCUGGGUCAGUUUGGCACUCGCAUCAACGGCGGCAAAGACGCCGCCAGCCCUCGUUACAUCUUCACCAUGCUUAGUCCUCUGGCCAAGCUGUUAUUUCCAGCCGUGGACUCCAACCUGCUCAAGUUCCUUUACGACGACAACCAGAAGGUGGAGCCCGAGUGGUACAUUCCCAUCAUUCCGAUGGUGCUGGUCAACGGCGCGGAGGGAAUCGGAACAGGUUGGGCGUGUAAGAUUCCCAACUACGACCCCCGAGAGAUCGUCAAUAACAUCAGCCGGAUGCUAAACCAUCAAGAGCCCCUGGCAAUGCUUCCCAGGUAUAAAAACUUCAAAGGAGUCAUUCACGAACUUGGUCCAAACCAGUACCUGGUCAGCGGAGAGUUGUCCGUCCUUGACAAAAACACCAUCGAGAUCACGGAACUCCCCGUACGAACGUGGACGCAGGCUUAUAAAGAGUCCGUGUUGGAGCCGAUGCUGCAGGGCUCCGACAAAACGCCGUCGCUCAUCAACGAUUAUAAGGAGUAUCACACAGAUUCCACCGUUAAGUUUGUGGUUCGUAUGUCUGAAGAGAAACUGGUCCAGGCUGAGGCAGCCGGCCUCCACAAAGUCUUCAAGCUCCAGUCCAGCCUCACCUGCAACUCCAUGGUGCUCUUCGACCACAUGGGUUGUCUAAAACGAUACGAUUCCGUCCAAGACAUUCUCAGAGAGUUUUUCGAGCUGCGUCUGCACUACUACAAACUUCGAAAGGACUGGUUAAUCGGUAGCCUCGGAGCUGAAGCGGCCAAGCUUUCUAAUCAGGCCCGUUUUGUCCUGGAGAAGAUCGAAGGAAAAAUUUCCAUCGAGAACAAAGCCAAGCGUGAGCUCAUCCGCAUGUUGGUCCAGAAAGGCUACGAGUCUGACCCCGUAGCUGCCUGGAGCAAAGCCCAAGAAAAGGCCCAAGAAGGAGACGAGCAUGACGGAAAUGAAAGCGACAGCUCGUCGCACUCCGGUACUUCGGCGGGCCCAAAUUUUAAUUACAUCCUCAACAUGCCUCUGUGGUGCUUGACUAAAGAGAAGGUGGAGGAGCUCCUGAAACAACGUGACCAAAAGACCGGAGAGCUUCGGAAUCUCCAGGAGAAAUCUUCCGAGGAUCUGUGGAAGGAGGACUUGGCAGUUUUCAUUGAAGAGUUAGACAAAUUUGAGGCACUUGAACGAGAAGAGCAAAAUGUAGGCAAAGUUAUCAAACUCGUCAAGGGUAAAGUGGGUAAACCCAAAGCAAAGAAGAUGAAUCUAGAAGAGACCAUGCCGUCGCCGUUCGGCCGAAGGGUGGAUCCUCCGUCUCAGCCGCUCAAAGUUGACGUCAACAAGAAACUGGCCAAGAAGAAGAAGGCCGACUCAGACCCGGUUGUGAAGUUGGAGGGCGACGACGACGACUUGGGCCGAGAUACGGCGAUCGGCCAAAAUCCCGCCGUCAAAUCCAAGACUCCGCGUGUCAAGAAGGAAAAGAAAGAACCGGGACUUCCUAGAGCGAGAAAGACAGCGGGACCCAAAGGAACUCCUGUAAAGAAGGUGAAAAAACGAAAUCCCUGGUCUGAAGACGACUCCAAUUCAGACAGCGAUCUGGAGGACAAUCAACCUAUCGUCCCCAGAGAGACCAAGUCUACGAGAACCUCGGCAUCCAGGCCAAAAUACACGUUUGACUUCUCAGAGGAGGAAGACGAGGGGGAUAAGGAGGAUAACGAAGAUGACGAAACGGCGGCCGCUUCUCCCGGAGCGGGGAUUAAAGAUUCGCCCGAAAUGAAAGAGGACAACAGUGAGCGCGACGAAGACGACUUGGAUGACGACUUUGACUCGUACUCCGCCCACGACCAAAAAACCACCUCAGGGCCUGCGGCUAAAAAGAACGAGACGUCUUCAAAAUCCUUCUUCUCGGAAAAGAGCAACGACAGCGGGUCCAAGUCUGACAGUGACUACGAUGCCGUCACCUUUUCGAGCAGCUCUGCAUUUGAUGUUUCAUCAAAGGGAAAGAAAGGGUCUAAGAAAGCAUCGGACGCGGUUCCAAGACCUAGGAAGCCGGCCGCGUCCAAAGCAAAGAAAGCCGAUAAAUCCGCCGCGGACUCGGAUUCGGACACGGGAUUCAAGAAAGCAGCAUUUUGGUGGUUUACAGCUAAAGGCCGUGGAAGAAAGAGAAAGACAUCCGACUCUGAGGAGGAUUUCUAUAGUCCAGUGAAGAAAGCUGCAAAACCGCCAGGCAGGAAGUCUCAGAAUCCUCCGUCGGAGGACGAGAACGACAGCAACAGCGAGGGGACCGCCAACGCUCCUUUCCGGCCGGGACGCGCAAAGAAAGACGUCAAGUAUUUUGCCGAGUCGGACAACGAUGACAUGUUUGACUAA